AUGCAUCUCUCCGAUGGAGCUCGAGAAUUGAUGAAUAUCCUAAUCAUGGGAUUCGCUACUCUAUUCCUUUUCACAGGAUAUGAUACUCAAGCUUUCGUCGUUGAAUCGGUCUUACAUUCGGUUCACCGCAGAGAACCUGAUCGAAUAGAUGGGCAUGCAGGGUAUUACGGUCAAACUGUGCUCUAUGCAGCUUACACAGUAUCCACUCUUUUUGCACCGUGGAUUUGUUAUAAAUUUGGAUCCAGAAUGUCUUUGUUCAUUGGAUCUGUAUUGUUUUCAAUUUUCCUUGCUGGGUUCUUCUUUUUAAAUUCUAUGUUUUAUUAUUCGUCAGAAGUUUUAUUAGGAAUUGGAUUUGCAUUAUAUUAUUGUGGUCAAGGCGCUUAUGUGUCGGAACACUCAACCAACUUAACUAUAUCAAGAAACUCUGUACUCAUGAGUGCUAUUGGAAACAGCAGUAUGCUCAUGGGAGGGCUCGUUCUUGCUAUCAUAUCAACAUUCAACCAUUCAUACAGUACGGGAAAAGAAGAUGGUGUUCUCUAUAGAAGCUUUUCUAAUCAAGAAAUAUUAUUAAUCUACGGCAUAUUAUUUGUGGUCAGCUUCUUGUCCAACAUAGGAUUUUUCAUUUUACCAAAAGUUCCGAGUAAAAACUCGUUGGCAAUGCAGAAUCCGAACAAACAUUCCACUCUAAAAAAUCAAAUUGCACUUUUGGGAAGUACGGUUUCCGAAUCUCGAUUCUUACUUCUCAUUCCGUUCUUCUUGUUCUAUGGUUGUCACAUAGCCUUCUGGCUGUUGGUCUAUCCAACAACAUUCAGUUUUUCCAACACUCUAGCUGAUAAUCCAAUGAUUGUAGCUUUUUAUAGUGUUAUGAUUGGAAUAGGAAAUAUAAUAAUUGGAUUCUUCAUUCACACUAUGUCAAAAAGUAAUCCAUCUUUUGGAUUAAUGCCAACUAUGAUGGUGCAGUUAUGCUCUGCGUGUGCUCUUUAUGUUUUGACUAUUCUUUACACACCACCUGAAUCAUCAAUGCAUCCCACAAACGAAUCAGGAUUAUUGUUCGAUCCUAGAGCUUAUAUAUGUUUAAUGGUUGGCCUUUUACAUGGAAUGGUUGAUUGUAGCUCAUGUACUAUGCGUUCAAUCAUUUGUACAAUAGCUUUGCCAGAGCGACGUCUUCAAUUCUAUUCAGCUGCUAAGCUUUUCCAAUCCUUGGCUACAUGCCUGGCAUCUUUCCUUGCAGCUUACUUGAAUAUUUAUCAUUGGGUGAUAUUACUUGCAGUUCUUCAAAUCGCAUCAGCUGUUGGAUUCUAUUUGGUGACCAGACUGAUUGAGAAGAAAAAUCGUAUACAAGCUGCGGCUGAUUGUUGA